AUGGGGACGGUGCACAGCCAGGCCAGCAAGAAAGUGCCCGGAACAACCAUGGCCGAUGUAUCUUCCGGCAAGCGGAUGCCUUGUGUGUUCAUCAAUCACGGCGGCGGGCCUAUGCCUUUGCUGGGUAAACAGCCUGCCGUUGCGAAGUUCUUGCAGAGCUACCGGUCCUCGCUUCCUUCUCUUCCAGCGGCCAUCCUUGUUGUGACCGCGCACUGGGAGACCGGGUCCGCCCUCAAAGUUUCUGGAGGUGACACUCAUGCCUUGUACUUCGACUACGGUGGCUUUCCCAAGGAAAGCUACCAAUACCAGUACCCUGCUCCGGGAAGCCCGGAUCUGGCAAAGCAGAUUGUGUCGCUGCUGGGGGAGAAGGGGAUUCAGUGCUCUGCUGACCCCGCGCGUGGCUGGGACCAUGGAGUUUUCGUGCCCAUGAUGUUAAUGUUCCCGAAGGCAGACAUCCCUGUGAUCGCCUUGUCCCUUUACAGCAACCAGGACGCUGCAGCGCAUAUGGCGGCAGGCGAAGCCCUGCAGCCUCUUCGUGACCGCGGUGUCUUGAUCGUUGGAUCUGGAGCUUCUUUCCACAACUUCGACUACUUCUUUGCCAGACAACCUGCUGCGCGACGAGAAGGAGUACAGCACUCGCAACAGUUCGAUCGCUGGAUGACGGAGACAAUGACCUCUGAAGAGCUGACGGCAGAGGAGCGCUCUGCGCGGCUCUCUCGCUGGGCUUCGGCCCCGUCGGCGCGGGCGGCACAGCCGCCGGGCGCUGCGGAGCAUCUGAUGCCACUCUUUGUCGUUGCCGGAGCUGCUGGAUAUCGAGCUGCCCGGAAGGUGAACGGCGAAUCCAAUGCAGACGACUUUGCUAUGAGCGAGUUUGAGUUUGUAGAGUGCGAGAAGCUCCAGGUGCAGCAGUCCCUCCAGGUGUUGCAAGAGUCCCAGUCAGGACGCAAUGACGCCACAGCCAGCGGCAAGGCCACCGAACAGGAAUUGGAGCGCUUGGAGACGGCUCUGGCGGCGCAAAGCGAGGCAUGCCGACGACACGAGCAAGCGCUUCAAGAGAUGUCUGUUCGCAACCAGGAGCUGGCCGCAAAGUUGGCGCAGCAGCAGGAGCAAGCUUGCGACACGAGGGCACUUCAAGCAGAGAACCGGAAGGAGCAGUUGGAGGCAAAGCUCAGGGCGAUGGAAGACGAGGUCAUUCAAAUACGGCAGGUGAUGGCCGUUCGCGAGCGAGAAGCCGUGGAGGCCGUCCAUCAUGCUGUGAGCCGUACAAAGGCCGAGUUGGAGGAGCCUCUCCUUGGCUCCGUGGGGCGCUUGGAGGCACAGGCCAACAUGGCCUUUGACCGCGUGGCGCACGCGGAGGCGGAGAGCCAGGAACUGACGGCAUGUGUGCGGCAGAUCUCUGGAGAGGUAGCAAAGCUCCGUCUGGAUCUGGAAAGCGCAGAGCAGGCGCUGGCGGAUUCUAAGCGGCGGGCUGGUGAGGCCGCGGCAGCCAUCGCAGAGCGCGAUGCGAGGCUUGCGAAAGCGCAAAGCAAGCAGAAGGAGUCCGAAAAUCGUUCAGAGUUUCUGUCAGGUGAGGUGAUCAAGCUGAAGCUGGAAAAUGCAACUCUGCAACGGGACCUGGUUCAGCAGCGUGAAGAGAACUCCCGGAUCGAGCAGGAGGGCCGCGGCUAUCAGCAAGAGGCAGCUCGCAGCGCCAAGCGAGAGGAGAGGGUGCGUGCAGAACUUGCAAGCCAGCUAUCGCAGCUGCAAGCGGCGCAACAGGAGAUCAAGGACUUGGCGAGAGAGCUGGAGCUGAGGGGUCCGCCGGAGCAGCGGUUUGAGGUGCUGGACGGCGAGCUACAGCGGCUCGAAGGGCGGCUGCAGCAGAUGACGCUGCAGUUUCUGUCUCCCGCCCACGCUGCCACCUCUGCAUCGAGAGGUGCAACAGAGCAGGACGACUUGGUGCCAACAUCUUUCACACUAUCGUCGACCGAGCUGCAGAAGGCGUCUGAGGGCAUGCGCGCGCAGACGCUGAAGACAAGCCAGCUCCAGACGGAGCUGGGCACCGUGAAGGGGGAGCUGGGUGCUGCCCGGGCUCGCCUGGAAGCUUGCGCGGCUGAGAAGCAAAUGCUUGAAGCGCGGCUGACCGAGGCCAUGCAGGAUUUGCAGGAGGUCCGGAAGCAACUCACGGAGAAGGGCUGGGAGGCUGCAGAAGCGGCAGCUUUGGCCGGCCGCGAGAUGGCCAAGCAGAGGUCCGAGAGCGACGACAAGUGCAGGCUGCUUGAGAAGGAGCAGGCGGCCUUGAGGGACAAACUGCACGACACCCAGUCUCAGCUGACACAGGUGGAGAGCCAGAAGCAGGUGCUCGAACUGCAGAAAGACCACCAGCUCGCCGAACUCGAGGCGCGGAAGGCGCAGGAGCUGGCAGCCCAGGCUGAGCGGCUGAAGGAUCUGGAGCUGCGUGCUGCGCAAGCAGCGCAAGCAGCGCAAAGGCUGGAGUCGGAUUCUGCCGAUGGUGGGCACUCUAGUUCUGACCAAGUCCAGACACAACUGACCCAAAUCAAAGAGCAGUUCCAUGAGGUUAUCGUAGGAUUGAAGGCCUUGCAAACGGAUGUUCGGGAAAACAAGGAGGCUAGCACAGCAGCCGAGCAUGGCUUCCAGCAAAGCAGAAAUGAAGUUGAGGCGACGGCAUUGGCGUGCUCGGCUUUGAAGCAACAGCUCGCAGCAGUCAGCGACCUUGCCAAGCAAAGGGUAGAGGCUGAUGCUGCGCGCAGGGCGGAGAAGUUCGAGAGUUCGGUAAGAACAGCUGACGGGAAAGUACUUGAGGCCACAUUUGUGCCAUACUCAGCAGAUGCAAGCCUCGAGCAGGGGCGAGCUGGGGACAGUCGGCAAGCGUGCCAGCUCCAGACGGAGCUGGGCACCGUGAAGGGGGAGCUGGGUGCUGCCCGGGCUCGCCUGGAAGCUUGCGCGGCUGAGAAGCAAAUGCUUGAAGCGCGGCUGACCGAGGCCAUGCAGGAUUUGGAGGAGGUCCGGAAGCAACUCACGGAGAAGGGCUGGGAGGCUGCAGAAGCGGCAGCUUUGGCCGGCCGCGAGAUGGCCAAGCAGAGGUCCGAGAGCGACGACAAGUGCAGGCUGCUUGAGAAGGAGCAGGCGGCCUUGAGGGACAAACUGCACGACACCCAGUCUCAGCUGACACAGGUGGAGAGCCAGAAGCAGGUGCUCGAACUGCAGAAAGACCACCAGCUCGCCGAACUCGAGGCGCGGAAGGCGCAGGAGCUGGCAGCCCAGGCUGAGCGACAGGAGUUGCAGGUGGAAGUGGGUCGGUUGGUGGCCGAACUGGCCAAGGCGUCGCAGUACUCACAAAGAACUCCGGAGCCAGCGCGGUUCCACGGUGUUCAGCCUGCAGAAGAUGAGAAACAAAAGAUGCCAGGAGCUUCCCUGGACGAUGCUAAGGAGUUGCAAGCACAACUUGAUGAAGCAUCCCAGCAGCUGAACCAGGUCCAAGCCGAGCUUGCAGAACGCUCUAUCGAGGCGGCUGAGGCCCUGGCAGAGAUCGGCCAGGAGAUGCCGGGAGACGUGGACGUCAUCGAGUGGGAGAGUGGCAAGCGUGGGCGGAAGCUGGAGGUUCUCGGCAGAGCGAUUUCUGAUGUCUGGACACACGAGAUGUAA